AUGUCGAACAAUCAGGAUACUCAAGAGCGGCUAUCUAAGCGGUCUCUCACACCAAACCGACCUCUGUACAAUUCUUUCAACGAGGCACAUCGACACAUUGUUCCUGUCACUCCCAGAACUCCGAUCGAGGAAGAGCUUCGCGUUGAGGAGCAACUCACCCAAGAGCAAGUUGAAGAAAUCCUGAAAGUAUCCAACGCAUCCAGACAGCUCAAGGGACAGGAUGAAGCGGAACAGCCACAGCAGUCUGUUGCAGAGAACCAGUCUGGCCAUGAGAGCAAGUUCACCAACCAAUCUUCCGCCUCCGCCAUUGAGUUUCAGACCAAGACGACCGACCAAGGCCCCCAUGCGUCUGUCUCCCUCUGUCGAUCGGACAAUGAGAACGCUUUUGUUGACAGCUCGGUCUCCUCUAUCCAAGAAUCCAAGGACCAAGUCAACCAAUACAACGCUACUGACAACCCCUUCAGUGGUCAGCAAGCAACAUUCGAUUGCCCAGAUGCUUCUUCCUUCUAUCCGGAAGAUGGCGAUGAUUAUUACCCAGCCUCUACUGAUGACGAUUCUUUUGAAGACAAGGUCAAACUCGAGCCCAAGUCUUCUCCUGCUCUUGCAUCAUCUCCCACUCUACCUCCCCCCAUUGCUCCAGACUCUAAGCACCCACCCCAGCAGUUGCUCCAGUCUCACUUGGAUGAUGUCAUCAAGAAGAAGCAUACUCUCGAUAAUCUUGAAGCUACUCAUCUUUCUGGUCAGAACGGCACUCAAUACCCAAUCUUUAUCGACCGCGGUGUUCUGCCCCCUCCCGCUAUCCCUGCAACGCAGGCUUUCUCUAUCACAGAGCAUACUACCCGCCCUGAGUCUCAUUAUGAAGGAGAUAUCUCCGAUAUCUCAGAAGGCCAGUUUAUUGGCGAGGACAAAGGAAAGGCUUCUGUCAGUCGUCUGAACCCAUUUCAUGCUUUCUCAGGCAUAUCAUCCCAUGCUUCAGACACUGAUGCUCAGCCAUCCGAACCUGAGGACAACAAGGUCUUCUUGCGCCCUCAUGCUGAGAAGGAGGUCUCCCGGGCUCUUCAUCAUGCAACCGGACUCAGUCUGCCUUCUACUGGUCUCAUUGUUCGUCAAGGCCUAUCUUCACGGACAUACAAUUCACAGCAGUCACCUUACCGCAUGCGUUCCAGUCAACAAAAGAAAGACUUUUAUCACGCCCCAGCCAUACAAUCAAACUGGCAGAUCACUCAAUCCGGCAUCAAGGUUCCUGUCUCAACGUUACAAAAUGUAGAUGAGGUCGACAUGCAAGCCACAGAGCCCUACAGCGCUAUUGACAAUACUCGGAUGGCAACAGUGGCAUCGGGCGACACAGAGAACCGAACAGGCCUUGAGGGAGACGAAGACUGGCGAACCGUCACUGAUGACCGUGAAUUCCUUACUGGUGCUGUUGGUCGUGUUAUGACUGGCAGCAGCAUUGCCAACGUCUCUGACACACUCUUGGUCCAGAAGAACCAGCGCACAGGAGCUCCUACCAGUCGCAAGACCUCAGCUACCAAGGCCUGGUGGGAGAAGAGCAACCAGCCUCUUUCGAUGCCUUCGCGUUCUCCAUCUCCUUCCUUUAUCAGACCCCCAAGCCGUGUAUUCCAGCAGAGACAGCUUAACCAGGAAGGAUGGGAGGAGAUUGAGCUGGAGCCCAUGCCUACCCCAUACAGAGACUUUUCAUGGCCCCGCAUCCGUGCCGAGCGAGAACGGGCGCAGCAAGCCAUGGAAGUAACACAACCAGCUAACAGCGCAUACGCCAAUCUCCCCUUCCCCUUGGUCGCCCUUGAGGAUGCUGCCAGACGCCAAGCUGUCCGCCGCGCCAGUGGUCUUGAGGAUCAGACUCUCUCCGGCCGUAUCCUCUCACCUGGCCUGCCUUUGUCUUCUCAGGGCGGUAGCCACGCUCUACCUCGCCCAGCCAUGCGAAAGGAUUCCGCACGCUCAAUCUUCUCCCGCAUUAAGAACUCAGACUUUGACUGUCGCAACCACUCUACCACGAGACACCGGGAAAACACCUUUGGGCAACCCGCCCACGAGUACUGCUCAACACAGUACUCGGGGCGGGCCCCAACCCCCUUGUCGAGGGAGCGGGCCUCGACCGCCGCCACGGCCAGGCGGAAUGCCACGGCCAGCCACCAGGCUGCGGUCGAGGCCCUGGCCAACGACCCGUCGGCGGGCCGGAGGUCCUCGCCUCACCUCUACUCAGAAGAGGUGAUGGCGAGGUACCGCGCUCUGCAGGCCGUCCGUCAACUGGGCGGCCAGGGCACCGACUCCGAGCUCGCCGACAUGGCCGCGAGCGUCAGAGACCUCCCGCUCUCCGAGAGGGCGGUGCUCCGCCAGAAGGCGUUCUACUACGCCAUCAUGGCGACCACCGGCGUCCUCCCCUUCGUGGGAUUCGCCAUCCUCGCCCUCUCGGGGGACACACUGCUCGCGGCCAUCACCCGCGGAGAGUGCUCCGGCCUCUCCUUCCACCAAAGGCGCAACUUGCGCAUCAUGCUGCUUGUCGGCUGCGGUGUGUGGGUCGUGGCCUUCGCGGCCGGCCUGAUCUCCCUCCUCGCCCUCCGCAACUGA